UCCAGCACCGGAGAACAGUGCACAAGAUUCUUUUAGAGCUGAGAAAGAGCAAGGCAUCAUGCCAGAACCCUCCACAGCACAGGAGCACCAUGAACCAGCCUCCAGCAAACACACGGCGGAGAACUCGGCCCAAACAGAUGUGGUGGUGACUGUUCCUUGCUUUAUCUGCUCUUCCAAGUUUGAAGCACUGCAGAAAGAGGUACUUCAUCUAAAACACAAAGAAGCAAAGCUGCUGUCCGAUAAUGCAGUUCUCCUCCGAAGCAUGGAGGUCAGACCUGUAACCACCUGCUCUUCCGACCAGCUGACCGAAUCGUCAGUCCAAUUCUACACUGGCCUGCCGAGCCUUGCCCUCUUCGCUCUUAUUGUACAGUUGAUGCAAGAGGGCACAAAAUACCUGCCAAGCACUGUGUCCCUGGGAGAUGCCGUGCUCAUGGUGUUGGCCAAAUUCCGUCUUGCACUGCUCAACCGAGAUCUAGCUUUUCGUUUCAAUGUGUCGGAGGGGACGGUCGCACACAUAAUGGUUAACCUCAUUCCCUUGCUCGCAACAAUUUUUUCGAAGUUCAUCAUAUGGCCCACACGACCAGACAUUGCUCGAACGAUGCCAACCCUUGUCCACCGGCACUACCCACGAUGUAGCGUCAUUGUAGAUUGCUCUGAAUGCCGAAUUCAAAGACCGCUCUCAUUCACUGCCCGCUCACAAACAUAUUCACACUACAAGGGUACUAACACUAUCAAAUUCCUAAUAGGAGUGACGCCGUGUGGUGCAGUGAGUUUUAUCUCUAAGGCGUGGGCAGGCAGGGUAUCGGACAAAAAGCUCACUCAGAAAAGUAGCCUGCUUGAUAAGCUUGAGAGUGGAGACACUGUUUUAGCCGACCGUGGAUUCCUCAUUCGUGAGGACAUAGGUAGGGUGGGAGCAACACUUGUUGUGCCCGCAUUCACCAGGGGCAAGCGGCAGCUUCCCGCACAGGAAGUAGAGACUGCGCGGCAAAUGUCAAAGAUUAGGAUCCACGUAGAGCGAGCCAUCGGUCGUAUUAAGGUUUUUAGGAUCUUGCAAGACAGACUGCCAAUAACGCUGCUGCGACAUGCCACCAACAUCCUGCUCAUAUGUUCUGGCAUUACGAACUUGAAGCGCAAAUUGUUGUAGGCACUGUUCAUGAUGCGUGAACUCUGCUGGUCAAGGCAGGGAACUUGAAAAACCUGCUACAUGCAUGGUUCUUGAAAAGGAGCCUCCUGCUAGUUUCAAUGUGGCAGCCAACAUCUCACUAGAGAUCUAGCUUCUCCAAGGAAGCUAGGUCUCUUAGCGAUAUGUCAGCUGCAAUUGUUGAAACUACCAGAUCUCUUUUCAAGUCCUUUCUACAAGAUUCAACCACAUUUGUGUUUUGUUUUGGGGUACAUGCAGUACGAACCUUUUAGCCAGCAACAAUUACAUUUUUUACUCAAAUUGGUAGCUAACCUUUUGCCUUUUACUCUUUUAAUGACUAGCAAGUUACUUGCAUUGUAAACAGGCACACACGGUGGCUGUCCUACACUUUAAAUACCAAAUUAGUAGCAUCUUGUUUUUAAAAGAUUAAAUUGUGUGAGUUACUAGGCAGCGUAAAGUUAAUCAGCUGUCAAAAUGUGCCAACUUAUCUUUUCUUGGUGUGUGAAGCAGUAGUGAUCACACAAAUGCAUGCCGGUACAGUUCCUGAAUAUUCGGACUUCGGCGUGGCAACACCAGUAACCCAGGGCUGCUGUUCAGACCCACAUUUUCGGACUGCUCAAUUAUUCCGACUCCCGGCAGAGUAAAAAAAAUCGGUUGGCCACUGUAUUUCUUUUUCUACAUGCAGUUGAUGAAUUAGAUCAGCUACCUAGUACAAAUUACUUCAGUUAUUUAAUUAUGCUUUUCUAGACGAAUGCGUCUUUUCCUAUGCGUUUAUGAAUGUUUGUGUGGACUAUUAGUGUAGGACAAAAUUUAAAAAAAUGCUUCGAUCACUCUCUUUGCAGUAAUGGAAUUUGGGCAAUUCAGAAAAACUUAAGUAGGCCUUAAAAAGUCAGGACACCUAAGCACUUUUUACGAGUUGUGAAUGCGAAAGCGUGAAUGUCAUUCUUCCGCUCCCUUAGUUCGUUCGUCUCCGGUGUAGUGGCGUGGCCGGCCACAUUUGGCUACUGCCGAGGGGGCGGCCGACGGCCAAAUGCGCGAUUCGUGCGGUGGUUGGGCCACGCUCAGCUCGGCCGUGCAGCCUAUUUGAAGUUUACCCGAGCAGGCUGUGCGGCCAGGCCCGUACCUGUUACCGGGGGCUAGGCCGCUGCGUUCGCUGCGCCGCUAUGGAGAGGGCUUCUCUGGUGGCAUGGUUUGGAACUAUGCCGCGUGAGAGCCAGUGGGAUCCUCAUUCCUUGAAACUAACGUGCGCCAGCCAAUGGGCUGGCGCACAAUAGUUUCAAAGUGAAGUCGCAAUCCAUCAGAUUGAGACUUCACUUUGUUCCAUUGGGACAGGGGAAUUUAGGUGCUGUUGGCACGGCUUCAAAGCUGAUGACGUCGGUUUGCUCCAUGGGACAGUUAGUGGUUUUGCAUUAAUAUAAAUUUAAUUUUAUUGAGGCCCCAGUUUAAAUUCCUGUUUCCUCCGACACAUUAAACUAAGAAGUAAGAUCAAGGCUCUCUUGAAUGAGGUUGUACCAUCCCACGGUGCUGUCCGCAGGAAAUUGCUUGGGACACAUCAGCUUUUGCACCAGUAGUUGGCAUGUCCGUUUAUUUUGACAAUUUUCUGUAUUUGUUAUUACAUUACUGCAAGCAUAUCAAUUGUUCCAGGUUUAAUUUGUGUGUAUUUCUUUGGAGAAGGCAGUUGCACCUGUGUACUUCCUGACAGAACUUUUUAUUUCUUGUCAUGUAAUCACAAAUAAAGGUUUUGUUGUUUAAUUCCACUCGGCCUAUCAUUCUGUCCACUACAGGGCUCGAAGUUUAUCGGAUAUGCAAACAUCCACGUUUAUUUCACUUUCA